CCAAAGACGCCGAGCCCAGUAAGAGACAUGGCUAGAGAUGGCGAGGGACGCGGUCAGGCACCUACCGGGGCUGCGGAGGCUGUUUUAAAAGGACGGGGGCCUUAAAAUUGAUCCAACAUCGUCAUCAAAAAAAAAUAAUUUUUUUUAAUAAACCACCAAAAAAAAAAAAGACCAACCAAGCAGCAGCAGCAACAACAACAAAACCCCCCCAAAAAAAUAGCAACAAAAAAAUCAGCCAGUCCCCCCCCACGAGCCUGAUCCUUUCCAGCCGGGGACGAAGCCUGCAUGCAUCCGCCGUGAAGACCUCCUAGGACCUUCCAACCACAGACCAGAUAGAUGUUUUGUCCGCACGCUCGCACGAAUAAUAAUGAACGCGCAGCUGGCGAUGGAGAACAUCGGCGAUCUGCACGGGGUGAGCCAUGAGCCCGUGCCCGCCACGGCCGACCUGAUGAGCAGCAGUCCCCACCACCGGAGCUCGGUGACCCAUCGCAGCAACCACUUGCCAGCCCACCCUCGCUCCAUGGGCAUGGCGUCCAUCCUCGACAGCGGCGACUACCACCACCACCACCGGCCCCCCGACCACGCUCUGACGGGACCCCUGCACCCCACCAUGACCAUGGCCUGCGAGACACCCCCCGGCAUGAGCAUGAGCAGUACCUACACCACGUUAACCCCUUUGCAACCUCUACCUCCCAUCUCGACAGUCUCGGACAAGUUCCCUCACCACCACCACCACCAUCACCACCACCACCACCCCCACCAGCGGAUACCGGGCAACGUGAGCCCGGCCGAGAAAGUGCUCACCCCGAACGGCUUCAAAGCCCACCACCCCGCCAUGCUAGCCAGGCAUGGCGACCAACACCUCACCCCCACCUCGGCCGGCAUGGUGCCCCUCAACGGCAUCCCGCACCACCCCCAUGCCCACCUCAACGCCCAGAGCCACGGGCAGAUCCUGGGCUCUGCCAGGGAGCAAAACCCCUCCGUGACUGGCUCGCAGGUCAACAGUGGAAGUAAUUCAGGGCAAAUGGAAGAAAUCAAUACCAAAGAAGUCGCUCAGAGGAUCACCACCGAGCUCAAGCGGUACAGCAUCCCCCAGGCUAUCUUCGCCCAGAGGGUGCUGUGCCGGUCUCAAGGGACCCUCUCGGACCUGCUAAGGAACCCCAAGCCCUGGAGCAAGCUCAAAUCCGGCCGGGAGACCUUCCGCAGGAUGUGGAAGUGGCUCCAGGAGCCGGAGUUUCAGCGGAUGUCUGCUCUGCGGCUGGCAGCGUGCAAGAGGAAAGAACAAGAGCAUGGGAAGGAUAGAGGGAAUACCCCCAAAAAGCCUCGGUUGGUCUUCACAGAUGUCCAGCGUCGAACUCUACAUGCAAUAUUCAAGGAAAAUAAGCGUCCAUCCAAAGAAUUACAAAUCACCAUUUCCCAGCAGCUAGGGUUGGAGCUGAGCACCGUCAGCAACUUUUUCAUGAAUGCACGGAGGAGGAGUCUGGAUAAGUGGCAAGACGAGGGCAGCUCCAAUUCAGGCAACUCAUCUUCUUCAUCAAGCACUUGUACCAAAGCAUGAAGGAAUAACCACGAACUAAACCUCGGUGGAAAAGCUUUAAAAAUAAAUAAAUAAAUAAAGACAGACCAGGACCUCAAGAUAGCAGGUUUAUACUUAGAACUAUUUGAAAAAAAUGUUAUUUAUAAGUCCAAAGAAACCAAAGACUUAUUUCACCUGCAUUAUGACUUUGUUCUAAGACACACACUUUAGUAGGACGACGACUUGCAAAAAAACAAGAAGAAAGAAGAAAAGGAAAUGAAUGAAACGGAACACAAAGAGAAAAGGAAUAAACCACUGGUCUUACACCUUCACCCAUGAUCAUUUUCACCGUACUUGGCUGUUUAGUGGUUUGGAGCAUAGUGAUUUCUUGUCAUUGAAUGGACAUCUUUUCAGAUAUGGCUCUUCAUUUCCACAGCAAUUGCCAUGAAGGUGUAGAGUGUAUCUGUACUGUGUGCACGCCGGUGGUUAGGGACUUAGUCAGGGCUGGUCUUCAGAGAGGGUUGUGCCGUAGCAUGGCCAGCAGAGCGUGGAGUCGUCUGAAUCCAUUUGAACGGUAGUGUGAUUUUUGCUGUUUCAUUGUUUGAACUUAACUGGUGCAACGCCUGGAGACAAGUUCAAACUAGGCAAAGAAAUUUGAAUGACACCUAAACCAGUGCAUUCUCUUUGUUUGUUAAGGAAUGUUCAGAUUUAAAAAAGGAAAACUAUUCCAUCCAUAAAAAAAUCGACUAGCUACCAAAGAACACAUUUAAUAAUUAUAUUGCAGGUAUUUUAUUGCAAUGAUUUUAAUAUUCCAAAGCUAUUUUUACACAAAAUACUAUGUAGAGUUAUAGGUAUAAACUAACCGAACUGUAUAACACAUAAAACUAGUAAUCAAGACUGUUUUUUGCAAUUAGUAAAACCACAUUACUGUUUGCUUUCAUGAUUGGCAAGAAAGAAUGUCAUCUAAGGAGUUGUACCCCGUGUCAGAGCACAGAUGCUGAUAAUGGGAUGCUGCUUCUGUUGAAGCCAGGAGCAUUCUUGCUGUUGACUUCAGCAGAAGUGGGGGGGGGGGGGGGGGGGGGAAGGAGCUGCUGCAGUUUUGUGUGAGACAGUGUGGUAGCUCUCGUGUGUGCAUCCCUUUAUUACACUAUCCCAGGCUGAUCCUGCUGGAAGCCCGUUGAACAACCACCUUUCUAAACCAUGCGUCCUAUGUAAAUAUAGCUCAGCGCUGCCACCUAGCCUGCAAAUACGAGACUUAAGACGUUUUGUAUGCAAAAAUUAAAAGUAUGGAUACAUGUAAAAUCACAAGGCCCAGCACCUGAUCAAGACCCAUAGACAUUAGCGAGCUUUUAUUUACCAACCAACUUUAAUGGGCAAGAGAAUAGGAAUAGGUUUGAAGACUCAUGGUCUUUUCCCGUUGAAAACAAUAGUGCAGCAUCAGUUAACGUUAGUGGGAGCAGCUCCAACGGGAGCCCCAAUAGUGCUUUUAGAAAGCCAAACUAUGGUUCCAUUAAAGUCAAUAGCAAAAUUCCCGUGACACCAAGGUACAGCCUGUUGUUUGUGGCUUCCUAUCUGUGCGUAGCAGGCUGAGCUUUGCUUCUUGUGCAUUCUUUCUUGCUCAUCUGUUAAUCAGGAUAAUGCAUGAAAUAGUUUAAAAAUUGUAGUUGAAAAGCUUUAAGUGCUCUGUUGCUAACAGAACUUUAGACGAUAAAUCAUUCCGUUCUUACUCUGAUAAAAUUAAAAAGAAAAGUGUGUAACAUCUGCAUAUUAAAUUUUAGUAUAAGGGGAAAAGAAACUUCAAAAAUCAUACACGCGCCUGUUAGAUUUCUAACUGGUAUUUCAAGCUACGGUAGUGAUUCUAAGUAUAUUAAAUUACAAAGUAACCAAAUAUGCAGGUAUAUGUCCCAUUGCAAGAACGAGAAAUAGGUAAUCUUACUUAUACUCUAUUAAAAAAGAAAAAGAAAAAUUCAAGGUAAACUAGAAUCCAACCAACAUCAACAAUAGCAGAUACUGUCUUUUGUGAAGUCCACUCAAAAUACUAGAGACACCAAAGCUAAGCAACUGUGUAGCACCAUUUACUUCCCAAGGCAACAGGGUCUAGUUAAGUUUCGGGGUAUACAGUUAAUUGCCAGGAAGUGUUUAAAAUACAACUGAAAUAGCUCUUAAUCAAAAUAAAGUCAAAUGAAAAGAGGAUUUUGGGGCCUGAAUAUUUCUCCACAACUUUCUAUGUUAAACCUACCUUAAGAUUGACAAAGCAAACAUAAUCUGUGAAUUUUCAGAGUUUCUAGCUUACCUUAAAUUUUAUCAAACUUUCUUUUAAAGUGUUCCAUUCCCACUGAGGUAUAAUUGGCAUGGAAAUAUUAAUAAGCUCACAUAUAAAGUAUCUUAUAAAUGCAGUCUCAUUAGUGUAAGCUUAAUAAAGGACAGUGAUAAGUAAUGUUGGAGUUUUUCCAGCAAAACACUGCUUUGUGACUUACUUACAGCUUCAGAAAGAAAGCCUUAUUUAUUUAAAACUUGAGAAUUAAAAAAUGCAGGGAAAUUCAAAGUACAUUACCAUGUUUUUCAGUAUUUCCACUGUAUUGUCUUUAGAGACUACUUGCUGAAACCAAAGAGAACUUUCAUACCAGCAUUAAAUUUGCACCCAAUAUGCAAUUUCAGGAUCUCUGAUACACACACACACACGCCCCUGAUUAUAUCUGUGUGUGUACACACACACACACACACAUAUUUUUAUGUGUGUGUAUGUGUGUGUGUGUGUAUAUAUAUGUGUACAUGCACACACAUAUAUCCACACACCCUAAAACUGAUGCACAAGUUAUAGACUUUAAGUGGAUUUUUUACAUGUCUGUUUAAGUAUGUGCAAGCUUUUUGUUUUUCUAUAAGCCAUUAUGAACAAAACCACUCUUCCCAUAAGCAAUAUGCGCCUCAUACUCUGAAUAGACAAAGAUCACACUUUUCUUUAACUACUUUCAAAAUAUGAAGCAAAUAAUUAUGAAACUGUUCAUUCGAAUUGUAAAGCUGUUUUACCGCUGAGCAGACUGCCCAAUGCAUUGACUGAAGCAUGGACAGAUUAUUUAGCGCACCCUGUUUUUUAUCAUUAUCAUUUCUUAGCAAAUCCUCCAUGUAGGUGAAUUUUUUUCUAAAGUUACACUUAAAAUUAUACAGAAAAUCCUGUCUCCAUCUCAUUAAUGAUAUUCUUUCCAUUUGCUUUGAUAAGGUCAAGACUUCAUUCCGGACAAAAAGGAAGUUAGUUUUGAAUUCCAAAAAAAGGACCUAAAACCUGACAAGAACAGCUAGGAGAGGGAGCGAAACCUGGAAUGAUUUGGGCACAUGAGGAGAGUGGGCUUCAGUCAAAGUUGGCUUGAAAGGCACGAGGGCUUUAGCCAUGCGCGCUCCGCUCGUUGGGUCCGCCCAAAACUGACCGUAACGACCCAGGAGGGGAGGCUGGCAAAGAGGUGAAACGUCUAAAUCCACCCACACUGUAAACGCAUUAUUAGCUUUCCAGGAAAAAAAAAAAUCAGAGCAACCAGUACGGCUACUUGUGACCCCCACGUGGCUUUCCAGGGGCCUCGUCCUGCUCUCCUUACUCAGGUAAAGCAAAACUAACCAGAAGGAGCCACCAGCGGGCUUUUUGCUUGCAGCUUUGGUCCUGCUCCAUUUGAUGCCAGAAGCAGAUGUGCAUUAGCGUUUCAACGGGCUGCGGUUGGGGCGCCGGCCCCGCUUCGGCACGGCCCUGGGGCCCCGG